UAGACGAUCUGUGCAGUAGCAGCAGUGGAGCUCUCUGUGUCGUGGAUCAGUGGAGAUGGGCUGAGGCAGAGCACACAGACCCGACACAACCGACACCAACGGACCCUGACUUCAGCAGCCACAGAAGGGAAGACUCGGGAAUUCUUCCCAGUCCCGUUUGCCCCCGCUCUUCUCCCGCUCUUCUCCACUCCCGGCCCCAGCAGGCCAGGGAAUGUCCCGGCGGCGAGAUGCCUUACGUGGACCGACAGAACCGCAUCUGCGGCUUCCUGGACAUCGAGGAGAAUGAGAGCAGUGGCAAGUUCCUGCGCCGUUACUUCAUACUGGACACACAGCAGGGAAGCCUGGUGUGGUUCAUGGACAACCCACAGAACCUGCCUGUUGGAGCAGACUGCGUGGGUUCCCUCAAGCUCACCUACAUCUCUAAGGUCAGCGAUGCCACCAAGCUGAGGCCUAAGGCAGAAUUCUGCUUUGUCAUCAAUGCGGGGAUGAGGAAGUUCUUCCUGCAGGCCAAUGAUCAGCAGGACCUCGUGGACUGGGUCAACGCUCUCAAUAAAGCCACUAAAAUCACUGUGCCAAAGGCGUCUGAUGGCCAACAGAAUUCAGAGAACCAGAAGGUUUUGCCAGAUGUUGCGGCGACCAAGAAACAAGUCUCCUAUAAGACAGAGAUCAUAGGAGGAGUCCCCAUCGUCACCCAGACACAGCGUGAAGGUGCUGACGGUGCAGACAGAGCAGAGCGUGAGGCCAUGCAUCGGUCUCACAGCCAGCUGCCGUACUUCCUGGGCAGGCCGGCUCAGGAGCACACCGUCAUUAAGUCGGGCUACUGCGUCAAGCAAGGAGCUGUGAUGAGGAACUGGAAACGACGAUAUUUCCUCCUGGAAGAAAAUUCAAUGAGUUACUUCAAGUCUGAUUUGGAGAAGGAGCCUCUGAGAAUGAUUCCACUGAAGGAAGUUCACAAAGUCCAGGAGUGCAAACAGAGUGACAUUAUGAUGAGAGAUAAUCUGUUUGAAGUCGUCACCACAUCAAGGACGUUUUACAUACAGGCGGACAGUCCAGAGGAGAUGCACAGCUGGAUCAAGGCUGUCUCUGGGGCUAUUGUGGCCCAGCGGGGGCCUGGGAGGUCUGCUGCCACAAUGCGGCAGGCCAGACGGCUGUCGAACCCCUGUAUACAGAGGUAUACGUCCCGAAUCGGGGAGUGCAGCAGCACUCUGCUGCAGCUGUGUACCUGUCUUAGAUGUGUGACAUCCUGCUUGUCUCUCCUCCUCCCUCCUGUUCGCUGCCUGAACACGGCAGCCGUUCCACUUUCUACCGCAGCCCCUCGGGCCCCCCCGUCCCUCGCUCGCCCAUAUCUGCCAUGCCACCAUGCUACCCAGAGUGGGGGGCUGCUGUCACGUGCGGCACACGCUCGCAGCCUGGCGUGGGACAGCGAGCACUUCAUGAGCCUGCUGCCACGGCCCAGUCACAGCCACACGCCAGCACGCCUGUCCCUGCAGGAGACGCGUCUGGCAAAGUGACCUGCGAACCACCUGUGACCACCAUCACCAACUCGGAGGAGUCACCGUGGCGACGGCGGAGCAGCUUUGAGCCCUACAUGCCUGAACCACCCCUGGACCUGGAUGACGCUGACCUGCCAGUGAGUGAGGUCUGAGCCGUUGACACUUGUUUGUCUAGAUGGAUGUUGACAGAGAUGCCAUGGAUAAAGAGGAAAUCAUGCCCAACAGGUGUUCACAAAAGGGCAGGCAUUGGUUUUCAAACCGAAGCUGUUGGCAGAUGACGGUGCACAACAUCUCAAACUCAUCUUUUGAGCUCCUCCGUCAGUGCUGUCAGUGUGCAAAAGAAACAAGUUGGGUCACCACUGAACUGCACACGUGUGCCAAAGACGACCCGGUCUUCACCCACACCCCUCUGCCUGCGUGCUGUCGAAUUUGCAAUGGCAUAUUUAUUUACUAUGAGUUGAUGUUGUCAAACAAAACUACAAAUUUUUAGUUUACUUGUGCUGAUUAGAUUUCAGUGACAGAGCUUUAUUUUAACCUGUACAGGCACAGAGAUGCGUUCAAUGGUAUUUGUGGGCAGAGCAUUUUUGUAAACCACUUUGUUCCAAAAAAUAAGGGAGCUUUUAAUGAUGCAAGGUGUUUCCUCAUAUAUGAAAAGAGUAUCCAAACUGAGGGCUGGCUUUUCAUCACCUCAAUAUAAUCUAAUUUAAACAGUGUGGUCCAUUCACACACUCACUAUUCUAACACUGGAUUUGUCUACUAUUGUUGGCCGGUGUUAGGGAUAUAGGUCAAGCCUAGUCUGACAUCAAACCCUCACUCUAAUGCAAAUAAAUACAAUAAUUCAAACAUUCUGGACUGGUCUAGGACCAGAUGCAAAAAAAUUGGAAAUAUAUGUGUGUAUAUAUAUGUGAUCCAGUGUGUAUAAUAAUGCAAGACCAAAUGUAUUCCUGCAACAUCUAGUAUGAUUUUUUAGUUGCCAAGCCUUUGACUUAAACUACAUUUAUUUUUGAAUACAUAGCAGGGUUAUGGUCAAUUGUUUGAUUUUACAAUGCCGUUUUCAGUGACUGUUAUUGACCACAAGCUGAAUUAACUUACAUGUUAAUGUACAGUUUUUACAGUUAUUCCACCUCUGGCAGUAAAGUGAGAGUACUGUGCAGAGGCGCAAAAGAAAAACAAAAAAUUUGAAAGCUAUCACAGUACAUGCAUCACUUCACAACCUGAAUCAGUGUCUUUGCAAACUACAUUCAGCAUACCAGACUUUGUGGACUCACAUUUGUGACACUGGAUGACGUGGGAAAGGAGCAACAGCGUUAUAAGUAAACAAGAAGUGCAAGACAUAAGCUUGUAUGCUUUUUUGUAAUUCAUAGUAAUAAAAACUUCAGCAACAGGUCAGUUAUAAAUAAGCUUCAUGUCCUGACAGACUGGGUUCUAACAGUUUCACAUUAUGAACUAAACCUGCAGAUCAUUGUUUGAAGAUGAUUAGUCUGUGUGAACACCAUGCAAACAUUUUGGAACAUGAUUUAACAGAAAAAACAUUCAAGCUCAGACACUUAACAUGUUAACAUGUUAAUGAUUCCUCAGAUUGUCUUUCUGGUUUUAGUUUUGGUUUUUAGUUCAUCUAUGGCCGAUCUGUGUGUUGUGUGUUUGCAGAAUAGAGCUGUGUGCAGCAGAAUUAUUUUUAUAUGCUUUUAGAUGUUUCCUGAUCUUAUUCCUUUUAAUUGUGUUACCAUCCCAGUAGCAGGCAGUAUGGUUUUAUUUAAAAAUCUCCCAUUUUAGUCCUGCUAAAUAAUACACACUAAUCUUUUUUUUUUUUUUUUUUAAGUGCCUGCUCCAUUUCAGCCCAACAAAGCCAAGCUACUUCACCUGUGUUCAGUCUGGUGUAAUUGGUUUGAAUUGUUUCUAUUUAUUAUGUGGAUGACUUGAAAGAAAUAAACACUGAAAACGUG